AUGUCGGCCAUCCUGCCCAUCGCAACCUCUGCCCUCCACGCAGCCAAAACCCCUACCGCCACCCUCCUCCACGCAACGGCCUCCGCAGCCCAACAGACCCCGAAGCCCACCGCCAGCACCAAGAACCAACCAUGGAAAGCGUUCUGGCCACUCGACCCGGCCAAGUACACCGAGGUGCAGCGCCAGCAGAUGCCGUGGCUCACGUACAAGUAUGACCCGACACGGCCGAACGAGCGGCCGUGGCGCAAGUGGAUGCUGCAGAACCAGAGUACGGUUGUGAGAAGGGGGGCUUGGUAG